AUGAGGAAAGUUGAAGUGUUCGACGAGCUAACUGGCAAUUCGCAGCUGAAUUUUAGGAUUUCGUCAGCGCCUGCCCAGUCCGCUGCACCAGCCCCGACCAGCGACAUAAGCGGCAUCACCAGCAGCUGCUACAGCGCGACAGCAGCUCCCCUCUCACGUGAAGCUGCAGAAGCAGCUCCACGUCACCGGAUGUCUGCAGCCCUUGGGGCCUCUGUGCACCGCGAUUUCAGUUCGCCCUCUGCCUUCUCCCUAGCCCAGGAGAAGGAGCAGCAAAGGCAGCAUAUGCAAACAGCAGCAGAUGCCGCUUUAAAAGACCAGGAGCACCUGCAUGAAGCUGGGCGCCUCAGGAAAAGAAGCAGCGGGGGCGUUGGGAGUCUAUCAGCCGAUGCACUCGCUGCUGAAGUCGAAGAGGAGGCUCUGCAUGGCACUGCUACAGACGAGGUUGGUCCGUUGGAGGGUGAAAAAGGCAUGCAAGAAGGCCUAUCAGGGAGUCCAGAUGCAAAAAAGGAUACAACAGCCUUCCCUCUUGGCCUGUCGCAUCUUCAAGUGGGAGCGAAGCAGAUAUUCGAUCAGCUGUUGACCGGUAUGCUGGGAACAGGAGUUAAUUUAAUUCAGGGACGCGCAAUGGGUCAAGCACAGCCAGCCACGAUGAUGGCGCCUGCCGCAUUGCCUUAUGGGCCUACUCCAGCUUACUACGCGCAGCCAGAGACAGGCCUUUCCACUGUAGAGAUCGUUUUAAUCAUUGCGGGCAGCAUCUUGGCGGUGGGCCUUAUAGGCCUUCUCGUUUGGGUUGCCACAUCAAAGAAAAGGCACAGGAGAUGA